CAGAAGAAGAAAAACAAGGAAGAGUUGGUUAUUUUCGUUGUCAUUUCUGGGGAUUUUUUUUCUGUCAGAGGUUGUAAAUUGAGCAAUUGGCGACAGGACAGGACUCCAGAGUUGGCUAGAUGACUGUUAACGCUUACGUUUUUAGAAAAACGUAGAAAGUAUGGCGUCUCGAUCACAGUCAUCAUCUCCGAACUCCAUAAGUGGCUCAGGUAAUGGCACUGCUACAGACCCUGCACGGCCCGAUACUGGAGAGCCACUAUGUUCGGAUUCCGACUCAGAUAUCGGUUUGGGACAGCUAGAUUGUGGUGGAGACUGCAGUCGUCUGGAAGGAGAAGAACUGGAAGAUGCCUUUCAAACAGCAGCGGACCGACUUGGACUGCUUGUCCAAAAGGCCAGUCGAGAACAGCUGCUGUACCUGUAUGCUAGGUACAAACAGGCCAAGAAUGGGACGUGCAAUACAGAAAAGCCGGGGUUCUUUGAUUUUGAGGGACAGCGGAAAUGGCAAGCGUGGAAACAGCUGGGAGACAUGGCUGCCGAACAGGCUAUGCAGGAAUAUGUUGCGUGUAUAAAGUCUCUAGACCCAGACUCCCAAAGUUGGAAGACCUCCGAGAGAAAAGGUGCUGCACGAAUGAUGGGCUUUGGUGGACCGGCUGUCAGCUCACUUUAUCAAGAGGAGACGAUAAGGGAAGAAGAUAAGAAUAUUUUCGACUACUGCCGGGAGAACAACAUUGAGCACAUCACCAAGGCUAUUCAUUCAGAGAAAGUGGAUAUCAAUGCUAAAGAUGAAGAGGGACGGGCCCUACUACACUGGGCAUGUGAUCGUGGACACAAGGAUCUGGUGUCUGUGCUCCUUUCAAACAAAGCUGACAUAAAUAGCCAAGACAAUGAAGGACAGACAGCGUUACAUUAUGCGUCUGCAUGCGAGUUUGCGGAUAUUGUGGAGCUGCUUCUGGACACUGGAGCUGAUCCAUCCAUCAAAGACAUGGAAGGUUCUCUACCUGAAGAAGUCACAGAAUCCAGUACCAUUUCAUCACUUCUCCGACAGUACACAGCUUCCAAAGGUUGAAUCCUUCCAUUCCCACUACUUCUUUUCCCUUCCCUUCCCUUCCCUUCCCUUCCCUUCCCUUCCCUUCCCUUCCCUUCCCUUCCCUUCCCUUCCCUACCACACCCCACCCCACCCCCCUGCAUCAAAAAUGAUUUGCCUUAGCAUUUAUUCUGAUGUUAUGGGGUCAUCCAGUGUAAAAUCAACUCUCAUGUUCAUCCACGUAAACAUAUAAUAAGACAGUCAUUUUCAAAAACAAUAAAAAGUAUAUAUAAAAAACAUCCUA